GACCGCUAGCUAGAAAAUAUAAUGCAGCGCCUCGAGCUGCAGCUGAGAAUCAGCGCUCAGACAGCCUCCAGGAGCAUAGUAAAGCAGCUCAACAGCUUCUGUUGAGCGCUCGUACCCCUCAGAGCGAACCUCGGCGCUCUGCAUACACAGAGCUCAGCACUUGCUCUCGCAGAGCAAGAUGCUCCCAGCCGGCCUGAAACUCCUCCGACGCCUCGUGCCGCCCCCGACGCGACCCCUCGCGUCGCAGUACGACUACGUCAUCGUCGGCGCGGGCUCGGCCGGCUGCGUGCUUGCGAACGAACUCAGCCAGGACGCCUCGGCCUCGGUGCUGCUGAUCGAGGCCGGCACGUUAUCAGUGUCUUCCGUACGCCAUCGACGCGAAAUUCACCCGUCGACGUCCACGCAGGCGGCUGGGACACCAAUCCAUUAAUUCACAUCCCCGCCGGCGUCUACAGCGUCUUCAAGGACCCCAGUGUCAACUGGAACUGGGAGUCCGAGCCCGAAGCCGGCUGCGGCGGGCGCCGCAUCGAGCUGCCGCGGGGCAAAGUGGUCGGCGGCAGUUCGUCGAUCAACGCGAUGGUUUAUAUGAGAGGCCACCCCCUGGACUACGACGGCUGGGCCGACGCCGACGCGUCGCUGGAGCCGUGGCGCUUCGAGCGCGUGCUGCCGUACUUCAAGGCCUGCGAGCGCAGCGACCGCGGCGCGUCGGCCUACCGCGGCGGUUCUGGACGUUUAGAAGUUACUCGAGGGGCGACGGAGAACGUGUUGUAUGAUGCCUUCCUCGCGGCGGGCGAACAGGCCGGCCAAGGGACGUCGGACGACCUGAACGGGUUCAAGCCCGAGGGCGUGGCGCGGCUGGACCGCACGGUGUCGCGCGACGGUCGGCGGGCCUCGGCGGCCACUGCACACCUCGAGCCCGCGCUCUCGCGAGAGAACCUACAGCUCCUGCGGAACGCAGCAGUUGACAAGGUUGAAAUCGACGGUCGGAGGGCCACCGGCGUGCGGCUCAACGGCGGCGAGCUCAUCAGCGCGAGGCGCGAGGUCUUGCUGUGCGCGGGCGCCAUCAAGUCGCCGCAGCUCCUGAUGUUGUCCGGUAUUGGAGGCAAGGACCAGCUCGAAUCGAUCGGCGUCGACGUCGUCGCGGACCUCCAAGGCGUCGGCCAGAACUUGAUGGACCACGCCUGCGUCAACGUCGCCGCCGGAUGCACCACGAACGAUGCCAUAGAUGGGCUGGCACGGCCGCUGCAAAAGGCCGCCGUCGGCGCCCGCUGGCUCGUGGACGGCAAGGGCUGGGCGGCGUCGAACGCGUGGGAGGCAGGCGGCCUCGUGUUUGGGUCUGAUGCCUACGCGUACCCAAACCUGCAGUAUCAUUUCUGCCCCGUGCACGCCGACUACCGCGCGGGCGGCGGCCUCACGCUGCGGCCCGGUUUUCAGAUCCAGGUCGACCAGUUACGGCCGUUCUCACGGGGCCGCGUCGCGAUCACGUCGCGAGAUCCUGCGGCGGACCCGUCGGUGCGGUUCAAUUAUUUGAGCGACCCGCGGGACGCCCAGGAACUCGUCGAGGGCGUGCGCCGGGCGCUAGAUAUCGUAUACGCGCCGGCAUUUGACCCGUUCCGGGCUGAAUUGCGGUUACCGGAGUCACGAAAUGCCUCAGAUGACGAGCUGGAGGCGUUUGUCCGGGCGACGUGUGGCACAGACUAUCACCCCAGCGGCACGGCGAAGAUGGGCUCUGGGAGCGAUGCGGUGGUGGACGCCGAGCUGAGGGUCCACGGCGUCGAGGGCUUGCGAGUGGUGGACGCGUCGGUGCUGCCGUCGAUCGUCAGCGGCAACCUCAACGCGCCCGUCCAGAUGAUCGCGCGGAAGGCGGCCGACGUCAUCCGCGGCGUCGAGGGGCUGCCCGCCGAACGGCCCGAGUUCCACUUCGACGCGUACUACGACGUCGCCGUGGCGGCGUAGGGUACUGUUAAUACUUACUG